AGUAGACUCGGCCAUUUCUCUCGCGAAGCGUAGCAACUCGCUCGGCUACGACAUUUCUUUUUCCGUAAAACCGUGCGGGUAUUCCCGUAAACUUUGCAAAAUAACGCGACGCAAAAGGAUGAUCCACUCCGGGCGUACCAGGCUCGAGAAAAAAGUAAGUCGCGUGGGCGUAGGAGUGGGCCAAGUCGGGCAAGGGGUACAGGCGGUCGAGGAAUCUGGUGCAAGUGGUCAAUGGUGGAGACAACAGCAUCCAUCGUAUCAUCAUCACCAUCAUCAUCACCACCAACAUCAUCAUCAUUAUCAUCAUCAGGCCGGUUAUUACACAUCGCAAUCGCACACUCACAACAGCCCUGUCACGACCAUGAAGCAGUCUUACAUGCAGCUAACAUGGGUGUUCCAUGAUGACGAGGCGCAGAUUAAUAAGAAACUGCCCAAAGAGUUGCUGCUUAGAAUUCUCUCGUAUCUCGAUGUGGUAUCACUAUGCCGGUGCGCACAAGUAAGCAAAGCCUGGAACGUGUUGGCGCUCGAUGGAUCCAAUUGGCAAAGAAUCGAUCUCUUCGAUUUCCAACGAGACGUAGAGGGAUCGGUUAUAGAAAAUAUAUCGAAAAGAUGCGGGGGUUUCCUGAGACAGCUCUCUCUCAGAGGGUGCCAAAGUAUUGGGAACAAUUCGAUGCGCAAGUUGGCUGAGUCGUGCCCCAACAUCGAGGAACUGAACCUAAGCCAAUGUAAAAAGAUCUCAGACGCCACAUGUGCGGCUCUAAGCAGUCACUGUCACAAACUUCAACGACUGAACUUGGACUCGUGUCCCGAGAUAACGGACAUUUCUCUAAAGGAUCUCUCGGAUGGCUGUCCACUUCUCACUCAUAUCAACCUGUCCUGGUGUGAGUUACUUACCGACAACGGAGUCGAAGCAUUGGUGAGAGGUUGCAAGCAGCUUCGUAGCUUCCAGUGCAAAGGGUGCCGUCAGUUGACGGACAGGGCUGUCAAGUGUUUGGCCCGUUAUUGCCCCAAUUUGGAAGCGAUCAAUCUACACGAAUGCAGGAAUAUAACGGACGACGCAGUUAGGGAACUCAGUGAACGAAGUCCGCGAUUACAUUACGUUUGCCUAUCGAAUUGUCCGAAUUUAACGGAUGCGUCCCUGGUCACACUGGCGCAGCACUGUCCACUUAUUAGCGUGCUUGAAUGCGUGGCUUGCACUCAUUUCACCGACGCCGGCUUCCAAGCUCUCGCGAAAAAUUGCAGAUUACUCGAGAAGAUGGACUUGGAAGAGUGCCUUCUAAUAACUGACGCCACAUUGAUUUACCUAGCAAUGGGCUGUCCCAGAUUGGAGAAAUUGAGUUUGUCCCAUUGCGAACUAAUCACCGAUGAAGGCAUCCGACAGUUGGCUCUUUCGCCGUGUGCAGCGGAACAUCUGGCGGUGCUGGAAUUGGACAACUGCCCUCUCAUCACAGACGCCAGUCUGGAUCACCUCCUUCAGGCCUGCCACAAUCUCGAGCGCAUUGAGCUUUACGACUGUCAACUAAUCACCAGAGCUGGCAUACGUAGACUCAGAACGCAUUUGCCAAACAUCAAAGUCCACGCGUACUUCGCGCCGGUGACACCGCCGCCAAGUGCCGGAGCAUCUCGGCAACGAUAUUGCCGAUGUUGCGUCAUUCUGUGAUUCCACAUAAAAGUGACUCUGAUGCAAAUCGUCCGAUGCACCACGAUGCCGGUGGAUCCUUAAUUACGUUGGUCGCCAGUUCACGGCAAACGUGGAACCUUCUUUCUUCCGGUUGCCAGGCCGUGGAUUCUGGUCACCAAUCGUUAACAGUGAGAACGAGCCUUGUCGUGAAUGAAAUCGCGAAUACUUCGACAGAUUUCACCGAUUCGACUCGCAACAUAGGCAACGAGUACAAAAGAACAGUACAUCAACGUCACCUAAAUAUAUAGGCGCAAACACACAUACACCACACGCGCGCACGUAAAAGCUCACUACUUACUGUAAUUAUUGCUAAUGUGUGUCGCUACUACUACCGCUCACUAUAAAACUGUUUCCAUCACCGCUGUUCGACACUGCCGCGGUGUACAAUGAUAUCGUUCCUAUUGCUGGAACUCUAUUGAUUUUUUAUGGUCGCUGUUACACAAUCGCUGUCAGUUCAUCACGAGCGCGAUCAUUUAUCGAAGGAGAAGAAUCUCGGGUUUCGUUGAUUCGAUAACGACGAAAACAUUGUAGAAAACGUUUUCUACGUGAUAAUUGAGCGUGAAAUUUCUUUUCAUAAACGGGGCACGUUUCGCUCAUGUGCGGGCCAAUACGAUCAUACGUAUCGAUCGCGAGCCCGAUAUUCUCGUGGUUGGAUGUUCCAUCUGAAACAAAACGAUAAGCAUAUAUACAUUCAUGUAUGUAUUAUAUAUAUAUAUACACACAUAUAUAUAUAUACACACACAUAUAUUUUUUUAGUACGACGCAUUCUCUUCGUCUAAACAGACAUGCUAUCGUUAAACGAAAAGAACUCGCGAUCCGUUCCGAGCGAUAACGGCACACAAUAAUGCGUCCAACAAUAUGUAACACUUUUCUGAAAUCUGAAUAAUGAGAUAGGAAAGAUUGAAAUAAGAAAAGAUGAUGUCACAUUGAGCAGGUUUCAAGCUACGUAUAAACGCCGUGCUAUUAUUCUAGAGUCUAGAAUCUAAACACUCAAUUUCUAUUGACGAUUCAUGUGUGCGUGUGUGUGCGUGUACAAAUACGUGUGUGUGUUCCUGUAGCAGUUUCUCGAACGAACACUGCCUAUUAUAAUAUUAUUGAUAAGAGAAGAAACAAAAUAAGAAACAGAGAAAGCUUGAUGUAUAAAAAGGAUAAAAAAAUAGAAAAUAAUUUCAAAAAAUACAAAAAAAGAGGAGAGACAGAAGAAAUAAGAAGACGCGAGCACCGCAGGGAUAAUCGCAGAUUUUUUUAAUCCUGCCGUGGCACUGUAAGGAAACGUACCGUCAAUCGUUUAAACUAAACAUUAACAUAAACAGUUCGUGUCUUCGAAUGGGAAACGUUUUUUCCUGUUCAGGUCUAAUACGAAUGAACCUCACGAUCUCACACGCGCGACGGGUAACUGCGACAACUACGAAUUUUUCCUUUCGACGAAACGUCACAGGCAAAGUACACUUAAAACAAGAACGACACCGAGAAAUAUGAUGGAGAUAAUAGGACUCCUUUAUGAAGAGGGAACUGAAAAGAGAACAAGAAGAAUAGCACAGGAAAUAGAGAAAUGAAUGCAUCAUUGUGCAUCUAUCAUCUUCAAAACUUCCGUUUAAUUGCCACCGGCGCUUAAUGGUGACAUGUUUAUGAUGCAUUUUAUGAGAAUUCACGGAUGAGCCAACGAAUGGACAGUCAACAGUCCAUGAAUCACGCUUAUCGAGUCCGAAAUGUAUAUACCAUAUUACAUCUUUCAACGGCCCAUACAUACAUAUGUACAUAUAUGUAUAUACUUUUUCUCGUUUUUGUCUCCUUUUGUUCGAUUUUGUUUCUUUAUUUUUCAUUUUUUAAUUUCUCAUGGACUAGGAGAGCACAGACUGACAAAACGAAUCAAAGCAUUGAUACGUUGAAUUAAGCCCAUUCACUCGGGUCCAGUGACCGAUUCCGCUGGCCAUUCUUUACUUUUUAAGCCUAGGUUUACAUAACAAUGGCAUAUGAGAAACGUGAUAAGUUGUAUAAAGUGUGUUUGGAUACACUUACGAUUAGAUGAAAUAAUAUGAAGAAAUUAACAAAUUCAUUCGUUCCUGUCCCUCAAAGCAAAUAAAAGUAAACAAAGCAAAAUACGCGGACCCUACACGUAUUCUAGUUACUUAAAAGAAGAGAACCGAACUUAAUGCAAUGUCUAUCGUUUGAAAGUCUGGACUCCAAGAUAACAAAACGUGUAUAACAACAAUAAUCAUCAUCAAAUUUGAGUCUCAUCUUUACGCCUGUCACGCGUAGAAAAAACUAAGAAGAAGAUGAAGAAUUUUUAAUGAAGAGAAUUCCCCUUGAAUCUUCGGGUUCCACGCAUUUUUUAUGAUCACAAUAUGAUCGGUUAAUCGGUUAUGAUGUAAGAGCUUUAUCUGUCAUCUGGGAUAAUCAUGUGUUUCGAAAAAUAAAUCCAGGCUACAGAUGAACGUUGGUGACGGAAAAAUUGAUGAUCCAUUCCCAAGUGCAAUAGAAUUGCCACAUGACGCACUCCGUUUCUCUCCUACCGGUUGUUUCGACGAAGACCCCUACGUAAAUACGAUCACGUCAAAAACCUGUUAUUACGCUGACAAUGAGUAAAACAAAGUAUCGAUUGUUAAAUCUUGCUAGUACGUAAGAAGAACGUACACUGCAUAUAUAUUUAAUAUAUAGCGUGUAAACAAAGAAUAUUCGAUAAAACAACUAUAUAUAUAUACACAAAUAUAAAUGUAUAAAAAGUAUAUAUUAAGAUAAAAAAUGCAGUAAAAAAAAAUAUAAAUAUACAAAUAAAAUAUAUUUUAUACGCUGCAUGUCAUCGUUAGAGAGAGAUAACGUGAUCAUUGUAAUUUGCUAUUUCGUUAAUAUUUUUUUUCUAGCGGUGCACAAAAACGGAAUCAGCAAAUGUGUUUUAGAACAGUUUUUAAUACGGAGGGACAGGCGAACAAUAACGGUACUCUACCCGGUAUACUCGCGAAACUUGCUCUUUAAUUUUUUCCGCGUCUCACUAAACUAAAUUGACGAUGGUUCUAGUAAUACGUUGUCCAAACUCCCAUCAAAUGAUAAAAUAAAAUAAAAUAAAGAAGAGACAGAUAAAAUUGUGAACGCAUGCACGACUGUCGCUUCGUUCGAUCGAGUUCACGUAAAAAAUAUGAAGUCAAUCGCAGUGCCUGAAUCGCCGCAGAACUUACAAAUUAUACAUAUAAUUGCGUCGUAGUCUAAAUUCCAUGAAUACUUACGAUAUGAUGAAGGAUGUAUAAAUUAAAAAGAGAAUAAUAAAGACUCUCAUAUGCCAGCCAUUAAGAAUUUUCGAGCAAACCCUUAUUUCUGGCUGAAAGGAAACUCGUCGAAUACCCGACAACCGUGCAUUCAUGAAUAAUUAAACAAAAUUGUCUGCGAUAACAAAAGAGGGAAGGGACAAGAUUUAUGGUUUUGUAAUUUUUAUAAUCAUUCGAAAAAAUGAUAUUUUAGUGAAUCCUUUGAUCGAACUUUUUUGCGUGAUUUUAACCAAAUCGGUUGUGGACAAUAUACGGUUCACGAAUCAAGAAACAAAUUGUAUGUCCAAUGUAAUAAAAUCGAUUCUCGUUAUGUUAAUACAUGCAUGUAUUGCAAUUCGGAAGAGCCUCUCAGUAAUCCCGUAGCUUGGGGUUUAAGAGAUCGCAAUCGUUCUACCAACGGGAUGUUACAGUGGAAUUCGUUUAUCAUGAAAGUGGAGAAAGAACGAAAAGCAAAGGAAGAGGCAAGAGGAUCAAAUAAGAGUUUUUCAUAGACUGUAGUGUUACAGUCCACUUGCAAUAAUGAUAUACAAUACGUCGCCGUAAACAGAGAUCGUGCUGUAACAAAAAUUUAAAGAACUGUCGCAAUGGAAAGAAACGAACAGGAAAAAUGAAAGAUGUUAGACGAAGAGAAAUAAGAUGAAGCUUCUUAAGCUGUGUGAUCGAGUAAGUGUUUGGCUGUGCAGUAGAAUAGCAAAGAGACAGGGAAAGAACGUUAGAGAGAGAAAAAAAUAUUAGGUAUGGUAGAAAGGAUGAGAGUAAAAGAGGGUGUGAGCGAGAGAGAUAAAGAAUUCAGAUGUUUAAUAAUCGAAGCCAGCGAAAGUAUCAAAUAUUAAAUUGUAUAUCUCGAUUAUGUGUUUCACCUAUUCGUAUAUAUAUACCAUUUAUUAUUUCCGUUUCGAAAUCGUAUUUUAACAAAUAAAACAGAAAACAACAAUCUCGUUACUAAAAUCGGGAUUCAUUGAAUUAUUGGUCUGAAUAUAUAACACAUUUAAUGGUCUACACGUGUCGGCCUACACGUGCCUACUAAAAUCACGACAAUCUCUGCUUUUAAUUGAAAGAGAAAGUAAGAGAAUGUCGGAAUAGAGGAACCUGCAGAAAACAAGCUAGGAUCCACGUACAGAUUCAUCUAUGAAUACUGUAGCUGAUUAUACAUUGACAUUUCGCUGCUUCGACAAGCUACAGUCUACCAUGUAUAUAUUUUCAUUAAUGUAUGUAUAAUAAAAAAUAUAUUCGAGACAAG